CAUUCGACUGAUACUGAAUUGUUAUCUGAUUUCUGAACAGAAAUCAAUUUCGUUGACUUCUACUGACCAAAUCGUUCUUUAUUUGUGACCAGGCAACUUAGCGGAAUUAUUUUGAUUAAAGAGUAAACUAAAAUGGAAAGUCUGGACAAGAGCCGUUGCAGUGUUUUGGCGCAAGCUAUCGAAGAAAAUAUCGUCUCUGACAAUGAACCAAAUGUCUUGUUUUUCGACCUUGAUUAUUUCGAGAAAGUUCUCACAAAGUUUCAGGAGGCGUUUGCCUCAGAAAACGUACAGUUUCUGCACUGUUUUGCUGUAAAAGCGGCGCCUUUUCCAAAAUUAAUGCAACGUCUUCCAAGUUUGAAUUUCGGCGCGGAGGCGGCUUCGCUUACUGAAGUUGAAAUUGCUUUACGAAAUGGUGUCGAAGCUUCAAAUAUCAUAUGGGACAGUCCUUGUAAAACCGUUGACGAAAUUAGGUUCGGAAUUGAACGGAAAGUCAACAUGAAUGCGGACAAUGGUCAAGAAUUGGUUCGAAUGGAUGAGAUAAUUAAUGCACUUAACUUGCCAGAAGACCAAAUCCCGAAGUAUCUAGGAAUCAGGUUGAAUCCAUGCGUUGGCUUCGGUGAAAGAACCGAAACAAGUACUUCGGAUUUGUAUUCCAAAUUUGGGCUUCCAAUGACAGUCUACAAAGAAGAGAUUAUCAAAUUUUUUGAGAUUUAUAAAUGGCUGAAUACACUGCAUUUUCACAUUGGGUCGCAAGCAUUUGGGAUUUCGGCUUUGGUCGAGGCGGUGAAAAAGGUGGUUGAUCUGGCUGAAGAGAUAAAUUCGAAGUUCGAUGAGCAGAAGAUCAAGGCUCUGGACAUUGGCGGUGGUUUGCCGACGUUGUAUGAUUCGGAUGACUACGAGAAACAUCUGGCUACGUUUCCAGACUUCGUGAACCAAAUUAAACAGAACGUACCUGAAUUGCUAUCUGGCAAGUACGUCAUCAUGUCUGAAAACGGCCGCACAUUUACAACCAAGUCUGGCUUCGCUGUGGGCCGAAUAGAGUAUACCAAGACUGUGAACGACCUGACCAUCGUGAUUCAGCAUAUAGGAGCGGAUCUGCUUCUGAGGACCUGUUACCUGCCUGAAGCGUGGCCCUUGCGAAUGUUUGUAUGUAACCCGGAUGGUUCUUUCAAAGAGUCAAGCGGGGAUGAUAAAGAGGUGGUUUGUGACGUGGCAGGGCCACUUUGUUUUGGUGGAGAUAAAAUUGCGAGAAGCAGAAAGUUGGUGAACCCUCAGCCAGGGGACUGGCUGAUCGUGUGUGAUACCGGAGGUUACACCGUUGGCAUGUGGAGUCGCCAUUGUUCUCGACCAGUGCCUGCGGUGUACGAGUUCAGAAGACCUACUGCGGACAAGGCACAAUUCGCACUGAUGAAAAAGAAAGAGACUAUAGAAGAAGUUAUCUCUUUCUACGAGUGACCGAAAACUGGACUGAACCCAGAGGCUAGCGCUAAUGAUUGCAUCUUUACCAUUAUAAUAUCGGCGAACUUGGGUUUUUUCGGUCAAAAACUUAAGCUUUUUUAGUUAAUUAACUUUUUGUUUUUAAAGUAGAA